AUGCACCCCCCAAACACCCUCCUCACCAUGACCAUGGCCGUGGUCCUGUUCAUGAGCCUGGUCAGAUACGUCUCAGCCAUGCCGGCACCCCCGGGCAACAACACCCAACCCACCGCCACCACCGCCGCAAGAGAAGGAGCCCCCAACAACAACAAAAACAAUAACAACGAUGGUCUGGUAACCAUCCUCCCCAUUUUCCCCAUUCCUGCCACUGGUAAUAUUAAUAUUGCUGUUCGUGACCCGGUCCCUGUCCCUGACCCUGCUCCUGCUCCUCCCGCAAGCAAUGCGCAGACUGCAGCAGAAAACACAGCGGGGAAUGAUCCUCUUAACAACGCUGCAAACAACAACCCUAACCCUCCCAACCAAGCCGCAACCACAACGGGAGCAGCAGGAGGGAAACCCGAAGCAAAAGCAGCAGCAGCAGACCCAACCACCACCAACAAAGCCUUCAUGAUAAACGACUGGUUCACCAUCCCUCCCAUCGCGGCGAAAUUCACCUGGGGACCUGUCGAGGCGACCGUCACGGCCAACAUACCGUUUCUGCCGCGGGAUACGGACGCGGUUCUUGCUGAGGCUGUCACGGUCACUUUUACUGGGAAUGGUCCUGCUGGAGUUAGUGCUACUCCUGCUACUCCUGCUGCUGCUGCUGGGUCUGGCUCUGGCUCUGGCUCUGGCUCUGGCUCCAGCAUCGGGAUCCAUUCUGGAAAAGUGGGAGGGGCUUCUCCUUCUCCUUCGUUUUCUACGAGGAAGAAGACGGCUUCGUCUCCGAGUGCUGGUGUCAGUGCCAGUGUCAGUGCCAGUCCCAAAGCUAGUUCCUCGGCUGGUCUUGACAAUGACAUCGAUGACAACGACGACAACAACAACAACAACAAUGACCAGGGCGAUGCCGAUGGUAAAGCGAGCUCUAUCACCAUCUCCAUCCUCCCAUCCUCGUCUUCGUCUUCGUCCAAGCCAUCCAAAUCGGAGGUCCCGUCGACAUUCACCACCUUGACAUCGACGAAGAAACCCCAAGCCCAAGGUGUUUCUGCCCCCGCUGCUACCGCUGCGCCCGCGGUAAUAACCCCCCUCACCCUCUCAGACAAGAAGGGCAAGAGGGUGCUUGUGCCGCGGGCCAUCACCACUUUACCUGCUGCUGGUGAACAACUGCAGCAACAGCAGCAGCAGCAGCAACAGCAACAAGCCGGGCGUGUGCGGUUAGUAACCGUUGGUGCUGCCUAGUUUCUUUCCUUCUUUCCUUCUUUCCUUCUUUCCUGCUUGAUUGGUUGGUUUAUUGGUUGAUGGGUUGGUUUAUCGGCUGAUU